GUGGCAGAGUCCCCUCUCCUCUCCAUCUCCUCCCCUUCUCAUCUGGGUCUAGCCUUCCUCCCCCACCUCCUACCCCAGAUCUCCAAGGGCAGGAACUUCCGACCCUCCUACGCCCGCAGCCAUGUCGGCAAGCAGCACGCCGGUGGACGCCUCGGGGGAGCCGAUACCGACGUCGUCGGUGCUGAUGGCGGCGUCCAAGCACAUCGCAGUCCGGUGCCGCCCAGAGAACGUCGCCUUCCUCAACUGCAAGAAGAAGGACCCCAACCCGGAGAAGUGCCUCGAGAAGGGCCGCCAGGUCACGCGCUGCGUCCUCAGCCUGUUGAAAGAACUUCACCAAAAGUGCCCCAAGGAGAUGGAUGCCUAUGCCGGUUGCAUGUAUUACUACACCAACGAAUUUGAUUUCUGUCGUAAGGAGCAGCAAGCUUUUGAGGAAGCCUGCUCCGUAUCUGAGUAGAUCCUUCAGAGUUUUACUUCCAGUGAUCUUCACAAAUAAGGGGAAAACGCCGACAAACCAUCAUGAUCUCCCAUGUUUGUUGCCCUCAUGGAUUUUUUAUGGGUGAACAGCACGGCCCUGAGCUAUUCACCCCACUAGUCUUUCUCCCUCAAGAUUUUCACCAAUCAACAGAACUGUUUGAGUUGGAUGCCAAACUUGAAUUGACUCAGCCGUAGGCUCUAAGAUGAUGAUGAUGACUUUUCUCUC